AAAAAAUCUACACAACGUGUCAAAAGUUUUCUCUAGUUAAAAUAAUUAAAAAAAGGUGUAAGAACAAUGCAAGGACCAGCCAUUUUCAUCGAUUUAACUUUGGAAGAUCAAGCCCAAGAGAUUAGGAAAUAUUUGAAGGGACUAGGUGCUGAAAUAUCAGAAGAAAAGUCACCAAAAGGAAUUGAGGAUGAUCUUCAUAAAAUUUGCGGUGUUUGCGAUAUCUGCUUAAAAAAAGAUGGAAACGAGGAGGAAAUUGAUGCUAUAUUAAACAGCAUUGUGUCAAUAAUGGUAUCAAUUUCAUUGGAAAGAGGUGAAAAUUUGAUUCUUGCAUUUUGUGAAAAGUUAACCAAGGCACCAACAAUAGAAUUGUCAAAAGUAUGUCUUCAAUCAUUAUGGCGCUUAUUUAACAAUCUUGAACAGUCAUCUCCAUUGAGAUAUCAUGUGUAUUAUCAUCUAGUUCAAGUUGCCAAGCAAUGUGAUUCAGUUAAAGAAGUUUUUACUGGAUUAGAAGAAAUUAAGAGCCAAUUCGCACAAUGUCCACCAUCAAAAGAGCAAAUGCAAAAAUUGUAUAGAUUAUUACAUGAUGUCCUUAAGGAUACUCAAUGUGAAAUCGCAUCAAAAGUCAUGAUUGAAUUACUUGGAACUUAUACAGAUGAUAAUGCAUCGCAUGCUCGCGAUGAUGCUAUGAAAUGUAUUGUUACUGCUUUGGCUGAUCCAAAUACCUUUUUACUGGAUCCUUUGUUGUCAUUGAAACCUGUGCGAUUCCUUGAAGGCGAACUCAUCCAUGACCUGUUAUCAAUUUUCGUCUCUGAAAAACUUCAAAGCUACAUGCAAUUCUAUAAAAAUCAUAAAGAAUUUGUCACCUCUCAAGGAUUAAAUCACGAACAAAAUAUGAAAAAGAUGCGUCUCUUAUCAUUCAUGCAAUUGGCCGAAAGCAAUCCAGAAAUGACAUACUCACAAUUAAAAGAUGAAUUACAAAUUGACGAAAAUGAGGUAGAAUCUUUCAUUAUUGAAGUCUUGAAGACAAAAUUAGUUCGUGCCAGAAUCGAUCAAAAAGAACGCAAAGUUCAUAUCUCAAGCACAAUGCAUCGAACAUUCGGAAGAGCUCAAUGGCAACAAUUGAAUGAUUUACUCAUCACAUGGAAGGAUAACUUAACAUUAGUCCAAACAAAUAUCAAGAAUAUCUCACAACAACAGGCUGAAAAUAAGAACCAAGGACCGAUUAACAUAACUACAAGUGCAGCCAAGAGAAAUUACUAAACGCGUGUGCUAACAUCCGAUUGUGAAUUAUUGAAAAAGAAAUUCCGUUUUUGAAUAAACAUUAAAUUUAGUUGUAAUUCAAUUUAUUGCAUUAAACAUUUAUUACUAUACAACAGUGACAUACGUGCAUCAAUAUAAAAUAAAGUAAAUAAAUAAAUUUUUCCACAAAACGGACGGAAUGUGUAUUU